AUGUUUACCACGAAAAUUUCUUUCAUGUGCGAGACGUGUGGUAACAGAAAAUGCCACGUUCAACUUUGUGGUGAUAGCAUAAGGGACAUGAAAAGUGAACGAUUAAAACAAAUUCUGAAAGAAUGUUCUAUUGUUAAGCCCCUACAUGUUAUCAAAACGGAGCAAAAAAACUUUGCGCUCAUUCAUUUCGAAUCUGAACUUGAUGCUUCGACUUUUUACUAUGUUUAUUGUAUUCAGAAAAAGCUUAUAUGCAACAGACUUGAAGGAAUAGGAGUAAACCCAAGUCUAUUAGAUAACAAACCUAUUAAUUAUGCAAGGCUUCACUAUUUACUAUUAAGUGAAAUUAAAGUACACUUAACAGGAUGCUAUUGCAAAUAA